CGUUCCUGGGCCCUGAUUUGCAUAACCGUUGGGCGGCCAGGGUGCCGGUCCUCGUGGCGGAGCCGGUGCUGAGCUUUCGAGUCCAGUUCUAAAACGCUUUGGUUUUUGUUAUUUUGGCUUGCAGAAAGUCAGCUUCUCCCCAUCACUGACAGGAGGUUUCAGGUUCUUUUUCGCCCAUGGAGUUCCCUUCCGGCCUCUUUCUUUGCAGACACCUUACCUUACGCCGGUUAGACGCCCCUGCUCUCCCCAGGCGCCCCGCCGUUUUGUUUUAAGUUCUGUUCCUUGGGCGAAUUCCAGCUUCGGGUGAUCCUUCCCGCCCUUUUUAGCGAAUGCUUGCUGGCGUCCAGCCUCGUCCGCGGGGGGCGACGGGUCGGGCUGCCGCGCUUGGAGGAUGGAGCUCGACUGCUUCCACGAACCCCCGCCGCCCGAGGGCUCCCUCGGCGGGGAGCUGCUGCCCCCCGCGCUCGCACAGGCCUUCUCCCAGAUUUUGCACCGUCUUGCCCUCCCGGAGUCCCGCCGGGGCAAAGCCAGAAACACAGCUCUGCAGGACCUCAGUGCUCUGUUAGAAACCGCAGAGUUUAACGGGUUAUUUUUGGGGAGCGACACCCCGCUCCGCGGCACGCCGCAGCUGCUGGGGCAGGCGGCCAGAGCCCUGGCCAGGUUUGCAUCCCCCGGGGAGCCCGACGGGAGGGGCGGUCGUCACCCCGAAGUGGCCGAGAGAGCGGCCGAAGUUGGGUCACUCUUUCUUAAGCUGUUGGGGAAGGUCGAGGCUGCCAAGGAUCCCUUGAAUUGCCGCGCCUGGAAGACGGGCCUCCCUCACUUGGCAGCACCCAUCUAUAUUUUUGCCGUCACACACACUUUGGAGCGACCGUGGACCAGCCCGAGCUCUCGGGACGUGGCUGGGGAGGUGCUGACUUCACUGCUUCGCGUGGCGGAAUGUGGGUCUGUGGCAGGAUUCCUUCGCGGGGAAAACGAGGAUGAGAAGGGGACACUUAGCACGGUCCUGGAGCUUCUCCAGCCCGAGCUGAGCAAGGAAUCCUGGAAGAAUAACCCUGCCACCAAGUAUGUCUUUUCAUGGACUCUGCAACAAGUCAUUCGACCUUGGCUGAACCGGUAUCUGGAAAGGGUACUUCCUCCAUCAUUGCUCAUCUCAGACGACUAUCAGACUGAAAACAAAGUCCUGGGUAUACACUGCCUCCACCACAUUGUGCUAAAUGUGCCAGCUGCUGAUUUGCUCCAGUAUAACAGGGCCCAGGUCCUGUACCAUGCCCUUUUCAACCACCUCUACACACCGGAGCACCUACUCGUUCAGGCUGUGCUCCCCUGUCUGCUGGAUUUAUUCCCUGUCCUGGAAAAAGGCAUGCACUGGACAGGAGAUGGAGCUCGGCACAGCACACACUGUGAUGAGGUGCUGCAGCAGGUCCUGACCUACAUGGAGCCAGAGCACCGCCUGCUUUUACGCAGGACCUAUGCAAGAAACCUCCCAGCUUUUGUGAAGAGGUUGGGAAUCUUAAGUGUCCGGCACUUGAAGAGGCUGGAGCGAGUCAUCAUUGGUUAUCUGGAGGUUUAUGAUGGACCAGAGGAAGAGGCAAGGUUGAAGAUAUUAGAAACCCUCAAGCUUCUCAUGCAGUAUACUUGGCCCAGGAUUUCCUGUAGACUUGUGGUCUUACUGAAGGCGCUUUUGAAACUGGUAUGUGAUGUAGCAAGGGAUUCAAGCCUCACACCGGAGCCUGUCAAGAAUGAUUUGUUAGAGGCGGCAACAGACUGCAUGAUUUUGCUGGACCACUGUUCUCAAGGACAGGUGAAGGGUCUCCUGGCCAAAAUUGCCCAAAGCUGUGAUGACAGCACAGUGGUGAACUGUAUCAUAAGAGUGCGGCAGGCUUCUGAAGACACUCCCUUCCAUGGAACUUAAAAUUUUUAUCACCUCCCUAAAGAGGAAAGGACUUUUUUCUAUUUCAGUUGUAUAAAUGGAAUUAUUUAAGGAAAGAGGUAUUUUUACAC